AUUUUGGAAAACCCAAUUAGGUUACCAGACGCAUUAUGAUGAAAUGGUUAGCUAGAGAGAUGAAGACUGGUGUGUUGGAUAUGAUGUCUGUCUCCGACAUUGAUAUUUUGAUGCAACAGAACAGAAUUUAGCUCCUGUCCAUGCUGAAGGGUAGUCCGGGUUGAGAUGUUGAACUUAGAUAUUUGAUUGAGAUUCCUAAAGGGUAUUUUUCGCCCGGUCGUUCUCUUUCCCCUAUGAGCAUGGAUGUAGUUUGGUUUAUGAUCCGUGAUAAUAGCUUAGCUAGAUAAGUUGGAGAGUGUCACCAUUGAAGCAAGUGAAGGUCGAAGAAGGAUGGGAUGAAUACCUUUUCUUGUUUGUUCCUGGAGCUAGAGCUAGUUUAGCCGUAGAUUCUUGCCCUGAGUUCAGAUAGUUGGUUUGAAUCGCGGUCCCAAAAGCGGUUUCACCAUCUUUCUGACUUAGGAUUGGAUUUAAAUCCCCCCUUGGCAGCUGAUGCACCAUCUAGGGUUGAAUGGAUAUAUGGGUUCUGCAUUGAUCAAACCCCUCAAUAGGAAUCCUCUACCUUGAAAUUUGGCGAAAGAGGAGACGCUAUAGACCGGGUGAAGUGCAUAUUUUGGCUACCAAAUGGAGCACCGACUCCGGUAAAAAAGUGGUAAAGGCCGUGACUUUUAUGCUCUCAACUAUCUUUGGUUCUUCACUCAGAGACAUCCUCCUCUUUGGUUCUUCAUCAAACCACACAUGAUCUAGCGCUGAUUCAUUCGUUCUUCUUCAAAGACAUGAAACCGGUAUAUUUAUGGAUUCUAAUCAAACACCUUAUUAUUUUUUUCUUAAAUCCAGUCUAUCGAAUCCGAAAUCUAUCAUAAAACAUAAGAAAGUUUUGAAAUAAAAACCGUACAGCAUAUGUUCCGGUUUAACCUUUUCUUUGUGCACGUCAUAGUGGUGGAUUAAUAACUAGAUCAUAUCGUUUGGAUUAUAUUGGAGUUAACUUAAAGAGGGGAGAACAUCCCUUCCCGUUAUAAAAUUCAGACACACAAAUGGGUAAAAGGAUAGAUCUCCUGUUGUCUUCUUCAUUACACUAACAAAAAUAGACGCACGAUGGGGUAGUAGUCACUGGAAAUAACCAACUGUUUUCCAACGAAUUUCGAUCAAUUUGUCUCAAGAGGUAUUUUUUCUUCCCGUAACUGGAGAUAACCAACUGUUUUCCAACGAAUUCUGAUGAAAACCCACCAAAAUAAGUGUCUCGAGAUUUAGUUGGUGUAUUUUUGGAUAGGAAUAAAAAAAAAGCCUAUUUUCAGACAAUUUCAACAGAAGACAGUUGCAGGACAUGUACAAAUUCAGACAGGCAACAACAAAAUGGCUGCCACUCUCUCUUCAGAACCAGUCGUUUAUCUCUCCUUCCCCCCCUAAUUUAUACUCUCCCAAUUUCUCCCUUCGUUCUUCAUUCCAGUUUUCCCAUAAACCCAUUCAUCCUCGUCUCUUUUCCCAUUCGGUUUUCGUUUAGCUGCUUUUGUCGGGUUUCUUGUGCCUCGAGAAAAGGGUUUUUCUCAUUUUUGCGAGUUGGUUAAAGGAUGGAUCAAGCUGAGCUUCGGAGGAUCUUUCAGAUGUUUGACAGGAACGGGGAUGGAAAAAUCACGAAGAAGGAGCUGAGCGACUCGUUGAAGAACCUCGGUAUCCACAUUCCGGACAAAGACCUGGAGCAGAUGAUCGAGAAGAUCGAUCUGAACGGUGAUGGGUACGUAGACAUUGACGAGUUUGGAGGAUUGUACCAAACGAUAAUGGACGAGAGGGACGAGGAGGAAGACAUGAGGGAGGCGUUCGACGUGUUUGAUCAGAACGGAGACGGGUUCAUCACUGUCGAAGAGCUGAGAUCUGUUCUGGCUUCCUUGGGGCUCAAGCAAGGAAGGACCCUAGAGGAUUGCAAGAGGAUGAUAAGCAAGGUGGACGUUGAUGGAGAUGGGAUGGUUAAUUUCAAGGAGUUCAAGCAGAUGAUGAAAGGAGGCGGAUUCGCCGCCUUAGGUUCAUCCCUAUGAUCCAUAUUCAUUCUUCGAGCCGAGAUUGAUUGUAUCAUCGAUUAUGGCAGUGGCGGGUCCACGUUGAUGGCAAUGGGGGCCUUUGCCCCCACUAUUUGAAUUAAAAAAUUUUAAUUUC